AUGAAAGUCGUUGUUGUCGGCGGGGGGCUAGGCGGGCUGGCCUGUGCAAUUGCUUGUCGCCGUGAAGGUAUCGACGUGGAAAUUCUCGAGCGGUCACCCGAAGUCCACGAAGUUGGAGCAGGCAUCCAAAUCCCACCAAAUGGCGCUAGGAUAAUGUGCGACUUUGGCCUACUUCCCCAACUAUUGGAGCACGGAAGUCAGGUGCAACAAGUUCAUUUACGGAGGUACAAGGAUGGCCGUCUUCUGCGAUCAAUGCCGUUCGGGGACGAUAUCACGGAUGAGUUCGGGGCACCGUGGAUAAUUAUUCAUCGGGUGGACUAUCAUCGCAUCCUUCUUGACGAAGCAAUUCGACUUGGUGCCGUCUUUCAAUUGGGGGCAGAAGUAGAAGAUGUUUACACCGAUCAGCCAGCCGUUCUUCUCGCUGACGGGAGAUGCAUAUCGGCAGAUGUUGUGAUUGGCGCUGACGGCCAAAUGUCCACGGUCAGAAAAGCUGUUCUCGGAUCUCCUCAUUCUCCAGUCCCCACAGGUGACAUGGCCUAUCGGGCAACCUUUUCACGAGAGCAGCUGGAGGCUUUGGGAGACGAGGAAGUAAACAAACUAUGUCGGGAAAUUGCGAUCACAAGCUGGCUCGGACCAGAGAAGCAUACCAUCUUCUACCCUCUCCGUGGUGGAAGGGAGUUCAAUCUUGUUCUCAUGCGGCCCGAUAACUUAUCAUCGGGCUCUCGGAGAGAGCAGGGUGAUAUUACAGAGAUGCGAGAGAGCUAUGCCGACUGGGACGGAACAUUGCAAAAGCUGGUUUCCUGUGUGCCAUCGGUGUACAAAUGGAAAUUAACACAUCUCUCCGAGCUGGAAUCGUGGACCAAGGGAUCUGUUGCUUUACUUGGUGAUGCCUGUCACCCCACUCUGCCAUAUCAGGCACAAGGGGCUGCGAUGGCCGUUGAAGACGGAGCAGUCAUCGGCAAGCUUCUUGGUCUGUUGCAGGCUCAUUACCUAAACCCUAGAAACCAUGGAAGCGAUCCCUCAGUAUCAACGCACUCCUCAGCUCAAGAUCUCACAGCUGCUGUACUAACUCUUUAUGAAAAAUGCCGGAAAGCACGCACAACCCGAAAUGUUCAAGGAGCAAUCAUGAAUCGGAAGCUUUUUCACAUUUCAGAUGGGUUCUUGCAAAUGAUCCGGGAUUUCAUAUUAGGAUAUGCAGGAGUUACCCCGAAGAGCGAUUGGACAUGGCUAUUUUCAUUCCGACAGGGGCAAACCCUUGGUCUGAAUGUGCUGGAAGAUUGUGAACGGGUCUUUGAAGAGUGGAGAUUGACACUUUCAUUGCACAGAAUAUAUCAAUAA